GAGGCGAUGGUUUGAGAUGAAGAAGUCAGCUGAUCUCUAGAUACAAAUGUCAUCCACUCAGAAAUUUACAGCGCAUCGUCUUCAGAUUAAGAGAGUGAUACUUGACAGUGAGAUGCAUGAUUUCAGAGAUUAAUUGGCUAGUACAGGAAGAAUAUAGAACAAGAACAAGCAAGCACCACUACACAACUUGAAGAAGAAGAAGAAGAAGAAAAAGAAGAAAGAAAGUAAAGGUUGAAUACUAAUAUGUCUGCGUCUUCUUCAGCUCCUUUCUUUGAAAUUAGAGAAGAAGAUCAAAACCAGAUGAAGUUGCAGCAUUCCUCAACACCAACUUCAUCUUCAGCUCCAGCUCCACCAACCCAGAAGAAAAAGAGAAACCAACCUGGAACACCAAAUCCAGAUGCGGAGGUGAUAGCACUAUCUCCCAAGACCCUAAUGGCAACAAACAGGUUCAUAUGUGAGGUGUGCAAUAAAGGGUUUCAAAGGGAGCAAAACCUACAACUCCACAGAAGAGGACACAACCUGCCUUGGAAGCUAAAGCAGAAGACUACAAAAGAAGUGAAGAGGAAGGUUUAUUUGUGCCCUGAGCCCACAUGCGUCCACCAUGACCCUUCUAGAGCUCUUGGUGACCUUACUGGCAUCAAAAAACAUUACUCUAGAAAACAUGGUGAGAAGAAAUGGAAGUGUGAGAAGUGUUCUAAGAGAUAUGCUGUUCAAUCUGAUUGGAAAGCUCAUUCAAAAACUUGUGGUACUAGAGAAUACAGAUGUGAUUGUGGUACUCUUUUUUCAAGGCGUGACAGUUUUAUCACUCAUAGAGCCUUCUGUGAUGCACUGGCUCAAGAAAGUGCAAGACACCCACCCAGUUUGAGCACCAUUGGCAGCCAUUUAUACGGAAGUAGCAACAUGGGCUUAGGCUUAUCUCAAGUGGGUCCUCAAAUUUCAUCAAUAAAAGACCAAAAUGCUCAAUCGAAUGACAUUUUACGACUCGGUGGUGGCUCACGGUCAACGCAAUUUGACCAUCUCCUUCCUCCAUCCAUCGGUUCUUCAUCAUCAUUUCGACCACAACAGACCAUGACUUCACCUGCCUUUUUCAUGCAAGAAUCAAGCCAGAAUUACCAUGACGAACACCAAUCUCAGCAAGGCUUGCUGCCAAACAAACCAUUCCAUGGAUUAAUGCAGUUUCCGGAUCUUCCAAACAACACAAAUAACCCACCCUCCUCAGGCAACCUCUUCAACCUCAGCUUCCUCUCCAACAGUAGCACUACUAGCAGCUUAAAUAACAGCAACAACGCUAACAACACCAAUGGCAAUCUGCAAUCUUCAAGUUUAUUGAUCCCCGGUCACUUCAGCAACGAGAAUGGCACUGCUGGUGGUGGUGUUGAAGGGUCCAACGUGUUCUCAAACAACCUAAUCAAUGAUCAAAUUAGCUCCGGCGUCCCUUCCCUUUUCAGUUCAUCAGUUCAAAGCGAAAACAUAGUCCCUCAUAUGUCCGCCACAGCACUGCUCCAAAAGGCUGCUCAAAUGGGUUCUAGUUCAAGCAAUAAUACGGCGUCAUUACUAAGGAGUUUCGGCAGCCCUUCUUCAAGCGAUAACAAGGCCAACUUCAGCGGCAUUUUUGGCGAAAAUGACAACAAUCUUCAUGACUUAAUGAACACAUUUGCCAGUGGUAAUUCUUCAAUUUUCGGAACUGGGUCUGGAGAAGUGAAUGCAUACGGUAGCGGACAUGCGCAAGAUCAAAAUCCUUAUGGCGGAUACAAUCCAAACAGAACUAAUAUAGACUCGGAUAAACGUUUUAGCAACAUGGAUGAAGCGAAAUUGCACCAAAAUCUGAAUGCGGGGAUUGGUGGGUCUGAUAGAAUGACAAGAGACUUUCUUGGAGUGGGGCAAAUUGUGAGAAGCAUGAGUGGAGGAUUUUCUCAAAGGGAAAAGCAACAACCACAACAUCAACAUGGAAUUGAUGUGAGCUCCUUGGAUUCAGAGAGAAAUAUGGGAGCAGCGCCGACAAGCCAAUCUUUUGGAGGAGGUGGGAGUUUUCAGUCAAGAAAAGGAUGAGUUAAAGUACAGUUCGAUGAAGAUGCAUUCAACUUGCUGCAUGAGAAGGAAACUUCUCGUAUUCAGCUAGAUCUUUCAAGACGAAGGAGUUUUCUAGUACUUCACCAAGCACAUCAGCUUAAGUUUCUUCGAGCCGUGUUUUCUUUUGGUUGCUCUCAAGUGUACGCGGGGUUUUGAUAAAUCCCUGUUUAAACGCCUGAACUUUCUAAUAUUUUAGAUAUAUGGUGGCAUAGUACAGUCCAUUUUGUUUGUUUUUCGUCAAUGUGUUACUUAAUGCAGCAAUAGUUACAAGUUUUGCAGA